GUAAAAUAAGGGGUAAAUAAAUGGGAUCGAGGUCUUCUUUAUUGUUGUUUAUGUUUAUCCGCUGUUUAUUUACAUUUUGUUUUGUUAUUUUGUUUUGUAAUCAAGUAGAAGUAGCCAGCUGGUAGUUAAAUUUUUUUUUAUGUUGGGUUCAGUUAUUCUGUUAAACAAUAAAGAAAAAAAUUUGAACGUUAAUUUCAAAUUCAAAGAUUUCUUUUCUUCACAAAUCAACUUUUUAUUGAAAGGAAAUAAGAUAUGAAAAAUGAGCAGCUGGGAAUUUUAUUUCAACUUACUUUAUCCAGCAGUAGCUACCUAAAUGAUAAGCAACUGCCUCCUAUAGUUUUUAUGCCUCUGGAAAAGGAAAGAUUUUAAAGAAAUUUUAUUUCUGGAUAAAAGGACAACUAAGCGGACAAUUAUGCUGGCAUGAAGUAUUGGAAGAAUUUGGAAAGUCAUGAAUAAUAAUUUGGAGCAACAUCUCCCACCUCAGUUUGGUUGGAGAUUAAAACUUAAUCAUGAGUUUCCGGAAAAACCCCGUGUUUUUGUAUUCCCAAGAUUAUCACAGGUUACAAAACUUGCUGGAAUGGCAUACAGGUAUAUUCGUUUUACACAAAGGCAAAGAAGAAGCGGCAAAACACCUUUUAUCGAUCCUUAUGCAGUUAGCUCGUGCAAACAAAUUUAUGGAGUACCAAUAGGUGGCAUCGGGGCAGGAACAAUUGGUCGAGGAUGGAAAGGUGAUUUUAACAGGUGGCAAUUAAUCCCUGGAAUGUAUUCAUAUGAUAUAGUGGAAGUUAAUCAGUUUACUGUUUGCAUACGUAAAGGCUGCAAGACUGUUUACCAGCAAGUAUUGUCUCCAACUGCUCCAAAUGGGAAGUUGAAUUGUGAAAAAAAUCUACAGGGUUGGACUUGGUCUUUUGAUGGUGGUCGGGCUUUUUAUCAUGCUUUGUAUCCACGGGCGUGGACUGUCUAUGAAAUUCCUGCACAUUCAUUAAGACUGACAUGUCGACAAGUAUCUCCAAUAUUUCCAGAUGAUUAUAAGGAUACUAGUUUACCUGUUGGUGUUUUUGUUUGGACUGUUGAAAACUUGGGAUGUGAAGAAAUGGAGGUUUCUAUCAUGUUUACUUUUCAAAAUGGCGACGGUGGUGCCGAAGACUCUGCUGGAGGCCACCGAAAUGAAGAGUUUUGUUGUAAAGGCAUAUACAGCGAAAUAAAGCUGGAAAAUGUAGAUGGGAAAAGAGGAAAAUGUUGUGAGGACAGUGAUGGUUCAAGUAUGGAGAACUCUGUUGUCGAUAGUAAUACUAACCUAGAAAAUACUUUUCAAAAAUGCCAAUCUACUAUUGUUGCAAAAACAGCUUCAGAGGUUAAUAAUAACUUGAUACACAGUUCUUCGCAAGAAAAUCGCACUGUGCAUGACGUGCAUGGCGUUUUAAUGCAUCACAACGGUUUAAAAAAGUCCUUCACAUUGGCAAUUGCAGCACUGCAAGUGCAUGAGGAUUCAACUGAUAUCGUUCAUGUCAGUACAAAAGCAGCGUUUGACCCUAAAUCACCAUGUCGAAAGGUAUGGGAAGAUUUAAUGGAUGAUGGAAUGUUAACAAACAAAAUAGGGGAUCCUGUGAACAAAAAGACGUUUCCUGGUCAAACAUUAGCGGCAGCUGUGGUCGCCAAAACAAGCGUAAAACCAGAAAGCAAGGUGGAUCUCCAUUUUGUGUUAGCGUGGGAUCAACCAGUUGUAAAAUUUGGUGCACAUAGUGAAGUCGCAUACUGCAGGCGGUAUACUCGAUUUUUUGGUACCAAUGGAAACGCGUGUCCUUCCUUGUGUUGUUAUGCCAUUCAAAAUGUUGCAUCAUGGGAAGGCAAGAUUGAAGCGUGGCAAAAUCCGAUAUUAUCAGACAACACGCUUCCAGAUUGGUUUAAAUCAGCAUUAUUCAACGAGUUAUAUUUUAUUUCUGAUGGCGGAACCAUCUGGUUAGACAUAAAAAGAAAGAAGGAUGUUCAUCAUCGAAUAAUUCCAGACACCGUGAAGACUUAUGGUCGGUUCGCAUACUUAGAAGGUCAUGAAUAUCGUAUGUAUAACACUUAUGAUGUCCACUUUUACGCGUCAUGGGCGUUAGCGAUGUUGUGGCCUAAAUUGCAACUCAGUGUUCAGUACGAUAUUGCAACUUCAUGCUUGAAUGAAGACAACGAAAUCCGUUUGAUGAUGAUGGCUGGACAAAAAGCAUUCCGAAAAGUUUCAGGUUGUGUACCACACGAUUUAGGGGAUCCAGAUGAUGAGCCUUUUGUUCGAGUGAAUGCUUACUGUAUACACGAUACUUCAUGUUGGAAAGAUUUGAAUCUCCAUUUCGUUCUGCAAGUCUAUAGAGAUUAUUACAUCACAAAGGACACACAGUAUCUGAUGGAUAUGUGGCCAGCUAUGAAGGCUGUGAUGUCACACUCAAUGAGUCAAGACACGGAUGGCGAUGGGAUUAUUGACAAUUCAGGAUUUGCAGACAAUACUUUUGACUGCUGGGUGGUGACUGGACCAAGUGCGUACACAGGAGGUUUAUGGUUGUCUGCUUUGAGAUGCAUGAUAGAGAUUGCGGAUGUUCUGGAACUUUCAGACAAAAUGUCAAAAUUCAAAAGUGUAUUGGAGAGGGGAAAAAGAUCUUUUGAACGAAAACUAUGGAACGGCAUGUAUUUUAACUACGAUGGAAGUGAGAAUGAACACCACAAUAGUAUCAUGGCUGGUCAGUGUGCGGGACAAUGGUACUUACACGCGUGUGAUUUAGCACAAAACGACGAAGAUGCGGUGUUUCGUAAAGAGCAGAUACGAAGUACGUUAAAAGUCAUAUUUCAAAAUAAUGUCAUGCGAUUUGAGGGCGGUUUCAUGGGCGCUGUGAAUGGCAUGCGAGCUGAUGGAACGGUCGAUAAAGACAGCUUGCAAGCCGAAGAGGUCUGGACAGGAGUGACGUAUGCCUUAGCUGCUACUAUGAUUCAACAAGGCAUGAUAAAAGAAGGAUUCCGGACAGCAGAGGGAAUAUAUCGGACAGUAUAUGAAAAAUGGGGUUUAGCGUUUCAAACACCUGAAGCAAUCACGUGUAAAAGAACGUUUCGUAGCCGUGGCUACAUGAGGCCGCUUAGUAUAUGGAGCAUUUACCACGCUUUUGUUAAACGUAAAAAUGAUUCUUCCAACGAUGACUACGUCCCAUUAAAAGAGAACGUAUGUUAGCAUAUCUUAUUACGUUACAGUAUAGUUGUGAUUUAAGGUCAUGCUUUGACACAACGUGGUUGUUCCACUUAUCAAGAGAAGCCGUUCAAAGAUUUUAAAUGUGACAGGCGAAUAAUGCGCUCAUGCAGUCCCACCGUAGAGAGCGAGGUGAAUUCACUUAGAACUGACAUGAUUGUAGAGAUUACGAUUCAGUUCGGAAAAAUCCGUAUUUUUUUCUAGAAACAAAAGGGAAAGCAAUCUUUUAUUUUUAUAAUCGAAAAUUGGUUGGGCUUUAGUUUAUCUUGCUAACUUUCUCUUUAAACAAUCUGGGACCUUCCAAAAUCAGUUUCCUUGAAUUUUGUAUUUGGAAUGAAAAUAUUAAAACAAUUUCCGGCUGGCGAUGCGAUCACUUGUGUAAAUUUUCGCCUGUUUAAGGUGUGCACGAGAAAGGUUUACAAAAGCAUAUUAAAUUAUAUAGCUGCUAAUUUAUUAUGGUAAUUUAUUAAAUAAUUUAUUCAUUUAGAGUAUAUAAUUGAUAAUUUAUUUAUUAAUUAACACUGAUUGCUGGCCAAUCACUGGGUAAAGAAAGUUAAUAUUUUAUUUGACUUGA